AUGCAUUAUCACGUUUUCCUGAGCUUUAGAGGGCCAGAUUCUCGCAAAACUUUUACCGAUCAUUUAUAUGCUGCGUUGGUGCGGAAAGGUAUUGUAACUUUCAGAGACGAUGAAGAAAUUGAGAAAGGAGAAGCUAUUUCAAAGAAACUCCGCGAAGCUAUUCGGCAAUCUCGGUAUUUCAUUAUUGUCCUCUCUCAGGAAUUUGCUUCUUCCCCAUGGUGUUUGAAUGAAUUGCAGGAGAUCGUGGAAACCAAACAAGAGCAAAAAGUUUUCCCAGUUUUUUAUGAUGUACAACCUGGUGAUAUUGGACGUCAACGAGGAAAUGUUGCCCAAGCUUUCGCUAAGCUUAAAGGAAAAAAUUCAAGUGGAAAAAAAAGACGAUGGCAUCAAGCUUUAUCUAAGGUUGCUGAAUUCUCUGGUUAG